CACGGAAAGGGGUAAAAACAAACAAGAACAGGCAACCUCUGUAUCGGUCUUGUAAGAAGCUUCAAGCAGACCGCAGGAGGACCCAGAUCGCCUUAGCUGAUUCGUCACCAUCGUUUGAACAUGUCAACCAAGUACAUAGUAUCUGGUGUCGUGGGAUCAUUUGCAAUAGCAUAUGUUUGUGACUAUGUUGUUUCUGACAAGAAGAUAUUUGGAGGCACCACACCCAGAACAGUCUCAAACAAGGAAUGGUGGGAGGAGACUGACAAGAAAUUUCAAGCAUGGCCUCGUACCGGAGGGCCACCAGUGGUGAUGAAUCCAAUCACUCGCCAGAAUUUCAUUGUCAAGUCCCAAGAUUCUUGAAUCCAAUUUUAGCUUGUGAUAUGUCACUUUCAGUUCGUUGGUGUGUUAUUUUUGUCAUCAAUAAUGUUUAGUGAGGUUCGAAUGCUUGGACACAGCCACGUUUAGCUUUGAUGGCAAUGGCCCUUGUGCCCUUAUGUUUUUAUUUGUUUUCUGGAUAUGGGAUUGGCCAGCAAUGCUGUCAUGGUUAAAUCUACAUAAACGUCAAGUGACAGAAUUCAGAGAAUUUCAUCA